AAUCUUCCUCGAAGUGUAAGAUUCAAGAAAGAAAAUGUCAUUCUCGUUGGGUUAAUGUCAGGUCCGAAAGAAGCAAAAACAUCCGAGAUAAAUUUGUACCUCAGACCUCUGGUUGAUGAAUUAGAAAAGUUGUACAAGGGAGUCAGAGUCCAGACAUAUCAAUGCCCAAAUGGUAUCACCAUCUGUGCUGCUCUGUUUAUGGUUGCCUGCGACAUCCCUGCUGCCCAAAAAGUGUGUGGAUUCACGUCCCAUAUCAGUACAAACACAUGCCACAAAUGUAAUCGCCAAUUCUCCCGAUUAGCUGGAACGAGCUCUGUCGAUUAUUCUGGAUUUGAUUUCUCAAAGUGGCUCCUUCGCACUAAGAAUGAUAAUUGUAAGGAUGCUGAGGUCUGGAGGAAUGCAACCACUGAAGCUGAGAGACAUCGUCUUGAAGUUGAAAAUGGUGUUUGCUGGUCCGAACUGCAUCGUCUCCAGUACUUUGACGUUGUCCACUGCAUGAUCAUUGAUCCAAUGCACAAUCUCUUCUUAGGCACAGCCAAG